AUGCGUUUCCGCUUCCCACGUCUAUCAAGGUCCCAGUUUGAAUUGGCCAAGUUCACCUUCUAUUUGAUGACCCCCAUCACAAUCAUGUACUAUGUCGGUAUUGACACUGACCGUAAAUUCAACGUCCCCGGCUACUGGCCCGACCCAGACACACUAAACAAGAUCCCCAAGGAACCGCACGAGAUCCAGGCAGAGUUGGCCAGAAUCAGACAGGAGAGACUCGAAAAGAGAAGGAGACUCGAGGAGAAGGCAAGACAACUGGGCAUUACGCCCGAUAGUGUCGACAAAGACCAAGACCAAGACCAAGACCAAGACCCAGAGUCAGAGUCAGAGAGACAACAGACACAGAUUGAAGCAGUGCUUUCUGACGAGUAG